UCAUUCUCUUACCUUGCCUCUGCUUCAACCUCCUAAACACACAAAGAGUUCCCAAUUAGCUCUACAAAACUCAGAUCUUGAUUUCUCAUUAGCCAAACAUGGAAACUUCUGGCGAAGUCUCUAAGCUCCAUUUCUUGCUCUUCCCUUUCAUGGCUCAUGGCCACAUGAUACCAACUCUAGACAUGGCUAAGCUCUUCGCCACCAAAGGAGCUAAAUCCACAAUUCUCACUACACCUCUCAAUGCCAAGCUCUUCUUCGAGAAACCCAUCAGAUCAUUCAACCAAGACAACCCGAGACUCGAAGAUAUUACCAUCCAGAUCCUUAAUUUCCCUUGCACUGAGCUUGGUUUGCCUGAUGGAUGUGAGAAUACUGAUUUCAUCUUCUCCACUCCUGACCUAAACAUAGGUGACUUGAAUCUUAAGUUUUCACUCGCAAUGAAAUAUUUCAUAGAGCCACUAGAGCAGCUCCUUGAGACAAUGAGACCAGACUGUCUUGUUGGUAACAUGUUUUUCCCUUGGGCCACUAAAGUCGCUGAGAAGUUUGGAGUACCGAGACUUGUGUUCCACGGCACAGGCUACUUCUCUUUAUGUGCGUCUCAUUGCAUAAAGCUCCCUAAGAAUGUAGCUUCAAGUUCUGAGCCCUUUGUGAUUCCUGAUCUCCCGGGAGACAUUGUGAUUACAAAGGAACAGGUCAUAGAGAAAGAAGAAGACUCUGUAGUGGGGAGGUUUAUGAAGGAAAUAAGAGACUCAGAGAGAGAUAGCUUUGGUGUGUUGGUGAACAGCUUCUACGAGCUUGAACCGGCUUACUCAGAUUAUUUCAAGAGUUUUGUGGCGAAAAGGGCGUGGCAUAUCGGUCCGCUUUCUUUAGGAAAUAGAAAGUUCGAGGAGAAAGCAGAAAGAGGCAAAAAGGCAAGCAUUGAUGAGCAUGAAUGUUUGAAAUGGCUAGAUUCCAAGAAAUGUGAUUCAGUGCUUUACAUGGCCUUUGGAACCAUGUCUAGCUUUAAUAACGAGCAGCUGAUAGAGAUUGCAGCUGGGUUGGAUAUGUCAGGACAUGCUUUUGUCUGGGUGGUUAACAAAAAAAGCAGCAAAGUUGAGAAGGAAGAUUGGUUACCAGAGGGGUUUGAAGAGAAGACGAAGGGAAAAGGAUUGAUAAUCCGUGGCUGGGCGCCACAAGUGCUGAUACUAGAACAUCAAGCAAUUGGCGGAUUUUUGACGCAUUGCGGAUGGAACUCGCUUCUAGAAGGCGUGGCAUCGGGCCUGCCAAUGGUGACGUGGCCCGUGGGAGCCGAGCAGUUCUACAAUGAGAAAUUGGUGACACAAGUGUUGAAAACAGGAGUGAGUGUGGGAGUGAAGAAGAUAAUGCAAGUCGUUGGAGACUUCAUAAGCAGAGAGAAAGUGGAGAGAGCGGUGAGGGAAGUGAUGGUUGGAGAAGAGAAGAGGAAAAGGGCCAAGGAUUUAGCGGAAAUGGCGAAAAAUGCGGUGAAAGAAGGAGGAUCUUCAGAUCUAGAGUUAGAUAGGUUGAUGGAAGAGCUUAUGUUGGUUAAAUUGCAAAAAGAGAAGGUAUAAAGAAGUUGAAUGUAUUGCAAGUUAUGGAAUAAUGUGUUUGUAAUUCUGUUGGUUUGAGUUACAAAAAAUAAAUUAGUGAAAUAUUGUAUUUGUUCAUUCAAAUUUACAAUGAAUGACCUUUUAGUUUGUAGUAUUGGUAAAUGAAUGUGAAGUUAGGUU